CCAUUUUGGAAUAAGGCUGUAACAAAAGAAUUGUGAAAAAGUGAAGCGCUAUAAAUACUAUCCGCAUGCCCUGUAUAUGAGCCUGUUUCCAAAAAAGAAUACAAUGGGGUUUUUUUAGGCACAAAGGAAGUUUGUUUAUUUCCUGUAGGUACAAAGGAACAAUUUUCUGUCUGGAUUGAUUUAAUAAUUCAUACAUCAGAGUGUUAAUGUGUAUCUCUGGUGAAAUUGCUUUGUUUAAUCAAUGCACAUCUUCCUCUUUCUGAGAGUACAGGUUUUAUAUCAUGUGGUGAAGUUCUGUUCAAGCUGACAUCUGAACACAAGCGAAAGCGUGGCGCACUGCACAUGCCUCUUAGAACAUUAUCUCUCAGGUCAGCUGUCUGCCGGGCUAGAAUUGCAAGACUGACUGUCACGCAGUGCAGUGGGUCAAAGCCAGGUGUUGGUUGGCUGGUCCAGGCUCAAUGUAUUUUUAUCCAUACGCCGAUAUAAAUAGUUGUGGGAGCGUAAAGCAACCAAAAACACAGUACAGAUACAACUGCCACGACCGUUUUUCUGCAUUUCCUGUUGCCUCAAGUGAAAGAUGGAAGAAGCAUUUGAUGCUGCAGAGGAAGACUGGGAUGAGGAUGAAGACGAGGCCACUCAAUACAUGAUUGAACAGAGUCUCCUGGAGUACAGCAAACAUGCUGAUUCAGCUAACAAUGAUCCAUUAGACUGCAUCGACCAUGAGGAAAUUUUCAUUGCUAUACAAGCUGGUAAUGAGGAUGCUCUGAAGGUCCUGGUUCAGCAAACAGAUGCUCUGUCCAAUGCCGACAGCAGAGGGUGGAUCCCUCUGCAUGAGGCAGCGGUGCAACACAAGCGGAGCAUUCUGGAGAUCACCUAUUCAGCGUCUCCUCAAGGCUCAGGGAAAUGCCGGACCCUGAGAGGGGAGACGCCUCUAUUUCUUGCCGUUGUUCACGGUCUCAGAGAUAAUGCCACAUUCCUGCUGCAGAACGGCUGCGACCCUGACUGCAAAAAUGAGGAGGGCGAUUCUGCACUGGUUGCAGCCAUAAAGCAUGACCAGUAUGACAUGGCUUUGCUGCUGCUGCGCUACAGUGCUACAGUGGACCAAAGAGGAAGUCUUCAGAGAACGGCUCUUCAUGAAGCAUCUGUGCUCGGCUUGGAGAAUUUUGUGUACCUGCUCCUACAAUCUGGCGCUGACCCAAAUGCCAUUGACAUCUGCGAACACACUGCUUUAGGACUCGCAGCUCAGGCUGGACACUUUAGUGUUGUAGAGGUUCUGCUUCAGAAAGGGGCCUGCGUCUGGUCAAAGCCUCGGUCUCCAGAAUCAGCCUCAGUUUUAUUCGAUGCUGCGGCUUCUGGAAACCCUGACAUCAUUUCACUGUUGCUGGAGUUUGGAGCCGAUCCGAACAUUCCCACCCACACCGGCCAUCUCCCCAUCCACCGCGCAGCCUACCGUGGACAUCUACUAGCACUGGAGCACCUGAUCCCGGUGACCAAGAUAGAGGCAAUCAAAGAGAGUGGCAUGAGCCCGUUGCACUCUGCUGCUGCAGGCGGUCACACACAGUGCCUGGACCUGCUCCUGAGCUCCGGCUUUGACCCAAACUUUAUGCUUCACCCCAGAGUGCGCAAGAACUAUGACGAUGAACGCAGGUCAGCGUUGUUUUUCACCGUAUCGAAUAAUGAUGUCCAGUCAGCAAGAGUCCUUUUGGAGGCCGGAGCCAUGCCAAAUCAAGACCCCAUCAGCUGUCUGCAAGCGGCCAUGCGAUUGGGCAACUAUGAGCUUAUAAAUACUCUGCUGCGCUAUGGUGCCAAUGUAAACUACUACUCCCGUAUCAACACCACCCAUUUCCCUUCAGCCCUUCAGUACGCGCUUAAGGAUGAGGUGAUGCUGCGUAUGCUGCUGAAUAAUGGCUAUGAUGUGCAGCGCUGCUUUGACUGUCCAUAUGGACAGGCAUCACACACACCUGUGGAUUAUGAGGGAUGGAGCACUUCUGUUAUCAAAGACAUGGUGUUCUGUGAGGUGAUCUCAGUUUACUGGCUCAAGCACCUCUCAGCGCAUGUAGUGCGAAUCAUGUUGGAUUAUGUCGAUCAUGUGACUCUCUGCUCCAAACUGAAGACUAUUCUGGUUGAGCAAAAACAGUGGCCGGAAAUUUGCAAGAUACAACAAAACACAAGAAGCCUGAAGCAUCUCUGCAGACUGAAGAUUCGUGAUUGUUUGGGUCGUUUGCGUCUGAGGGCUCCGGUUUUUAUAAGUUACCUGCCUCUGCCUGCCCGUCUCAAAGACUAUAUUCGCUUCAAAGAGUAUGAUAUUUACAGCAGAGGAAGUAUGACAGAAUAAAGUAAGCUAAAAAGGUAAAUUUGUACAUUAUAGUUAAAACAAAAUAUGCUGUUGGUUGUUUUUUAUUUUAAUAAAAAAGCAAACCUUGUGAAAUAAUUGUGUUCAAAAAAUAUAAAAAUCCAUAUACAUUGGAUUCCAGAUUUCUAAGACGAUAUUAAAAAUCUGAUUCAACAUUU